AUCGCUGCAGCCACUCUCUGCUGGCGCGCUGUCUGUGUUGUUGUGUAGUAAAUAAUGGCGGCAUCGGGAGGCGGAUUAUCUUCUCCCGCUGCUGUCGGGGGCUUGAGUACCCAGAUACCGGCCCGGGCUCGCUUUCCGGGCCGGCCGUGUGCGAUUCGCAGCAGGCUGCGUUCGGAGAAGCGGACUAGACGCGGAAGGUUGGGCUCGGACGAGGGCGAGCUGCCUUCUGGAGGGCCGAGGCCCGUAAACAUCGGCCUCGCGUUAAGCGAGGAUCCGUCCCUGCUACGCCUGCUCGGGGUGGCGGAGAAGCACAGGCGGCGGAGAGAUGCGGGUUUCGACUCCAGCAACAGUGAGGAGGAGGAAGAGUUCACUGGAUUUGGGACGACAACAGUUUGUCCCAAAAAGACUUCUGCUGCUGUUCCUCAUUCGUCAUUCAGCCAAGAAAAGUCUACUAAAGCUUCAGACCAUUCGAAAGAAACCAAGCCUCUUGUUGGAAAAAUUAUUCCGAAGACCCCAAAACCGGCUCUGAUUGGAAAAAUUGUACCAAGAAUUCCUAAAGAAGACCAGAGUGUUAAAGAGAACCAAGUAAAAGAGAAAGAAAUAUCAAAAGAUGUAAUCAAACUGCAGGGAAAGCAGGUAGCUCUUGCUGCAAAAGCCAAACAUGCAGACAAGCAGGCCUCAGGUACACAGAGCAGUGCAAAAUCAAGUGAUGUCCUCAGAAAAGCAGGAGAAACUGCACAUUCAGGCGUACAAAAUCAAACAGCCACUACCUCAGCUGGUGGCACCAAACAAGCUAAAUCAGCAAACGUUGUGACGACAGCAGUGAAAGUCACAGAAAAAACUCAAAGGAGGGUCAAAGAAGAAGGCGAGGUGUCAGAGGACUCAGAUACAGAGCAGUUACCGGCACGGAGGUCUGUGAAACGCAUCAAGGGUUUUGAAAUUGGGCAGGCCCGGCGCACAUCUCAACUGGUUCCUCCGCCAUUUGCAUCGUUUCAGAAACGGCAGAAGAAAAUAGCUAAAGGUAUGGGUGCCUCUCCUGAGGCUGGAGCUGAGGCUGGCGCCCAGAGUGGAGAAGAGGCUGCGAUGCCCCUUGAGUGUGAAGGUGCAGAGACCUCUGAAAAAAGAGCACACAAAAGACAUCAGCGCAAAUCUGUGUUUGGUUACAGGCGGAAAACAAAAAAUCUUCCGCAUAUUAAGCGACCAAAACUUGGUCGUACUCGUACUAGGCGUGUUUUUUAUACCUACGAGCCGGAGCCCAUUCCACCCACGGCAGCACAGGAUGGGAAUGAGCUGCUGAUCCAAGAUCAGAAUGUCACUCCAUCAGAGGAUAAGUUGAAACCAUUUUCUGAGCAAGUAGGCCAGAGCUCCAGUAACUCCUGCACUCCAUUAACGAGUGCACGGUCUUCACGAGUGAUUAAAGCUCCAAAGAGGUUCUUGGAUGAGGAAAUGAUCCCUUUUCCAAAGGGCUCUCUGUCAACAUGGUUGAAAAGUCAACAGAAAGAGGAUGGAAAAGCAACCGCAUCCCUUCAUGAGGCAGGCUAUGAAGGCAACUCUCUGCAGUUGGACAGCGACUCUAGAUCUGUUUUUGACUGCCCAUCAGCAGUGUCAAAAAUCUCAUCAAAGCCCAGUCCAGGCACAAGCCACCUGGAGUUCUACAAGAACCUCAAGAAACUGACUUUAAAACUGGCCGAGAAAAAGAAAGGCCCGUCUGAAAUUCAGGAGGAUUAUGCACAAGAUGGCGACAGUUUGACCUCUCAUGUUAGGAAGAGGCGGAGGCCCAAGCUCAUGAUGGAGGAGAUGGACUCACCUGGUGUUGUGAGGAAGCUAGCCGUGGUGGUCAAUACUGGCGUAGAAGCACCUUUGCCUGUGCUGUCAGAGGAUACAGAUGCAGGCCACAACAAGGAAGCACCAAAUGUGACAGGGGACAGUUGUGAGGGACCAGAGGUCAGUGGGCCCAGCCAUCGAAUUGGGCUCAGUGGAGCCAACAAGAGGAUGCUCCACCUGCUGAAGAAAGCCAAAGUUCAGCUCAUCAAGAUUGAUCAGCAGAAGCAGCUCAAGUUGUCACAGUUGGGCUCUAGAGAAACACGAGUGCCAGUGAGUAGAAGGAGGAGGAGGAGGAGGAGAGUUGGCCUGCCUCCCAAAGAUGUCGUUCGUCAGGAACAGCCUCUCGGGGGUCCGAGAAUCAAACACGUGUGCCGGGCAGCAGCAGUAGCUUUGGGGCAGCCUCGUGCCAUGGUGCCAGAUGAUAUUCCCAGACUCAGUGCUCUGCCACUUCAUGAGAGAGAGGGCAUCACCUUUUCUCCCACAGCUGAAGAUGUGGCAGAUGAUGACGAUGACAUCACUGAUCAGGGCAGGACCCAGUGGGUUGUCUCUCAGGAAAGCAUCCAGCGCAGGAGGAGGGGGAGGGGCAAGGGCCACAAGUUCAGGAAAAGGAAGAUACUGAGUCAGUAUGCACGUGGGGGAGUGCGUUCCCGCCGCUGUGGACGCUGCAAAGGCUGCUUGAUAGAAGAAGACUGCGCCAAGUGCGUCAACUGCCUGGAUAAGCCAAAGUUUGGGGGGCCAAACACCAAGAGGCAGUGCUGCAUAUAUAAGAAGUGUGACCGGAUUGAAAAAGCAAAAAUUGCACGGGUUGUGAGACCAUUUAAAGUCCAGCCGAAGGCGUUUUUAGGUUCUGCGUCAAGCAGUGACGAUACAAACUGGACUUCUGGAAGGGCAGCCGAGGAAACGUCCUCGAUGGUGCUUGGAGUUAGGAAGCAGUCCCUGCGUAACAUCACGCCGCGGUCUUACAGCAGCCUGCUUAAAUCUGAAACUGAAGAUGAGGAGGAGGAGGAGGAAGAAGAAGAGGAUAAGGCAGAUAAAUCGACAGCAAAGCCAAAUGUAGCUGCUGCCAGCCACCAAGAUCUUGCUUCUCAAGAUGGUGGAUCACCGGCAGAAGACCCAGAUGCAGUGAAGCAUCGACGGUUGUUUUCCAGGGGAGCUGGCAGCAGACCCAGAGCUUACAAGGCACAGGAGAGCGCAGAAGAGAUGGAGCCCAGAGAAACUCUCACUGAACCCAGACCAUCCGGGACCCCAAUGCCGAAGCUGCAGCGGCAGCUACAAAUACACUUAUGCCGUCUGCCUGACUUUGUCCUGCAGUCUCCUGCUGUGUAUUUGCUGCAGCAGUCACCCCAACAUGUGGAUCAGUGUAUCACACAGUCACAUCCACUGUUGUCCGAGCUUGUAACACAAUCCAAUAGUACCCAUUCAUCAUGUCCCAUUGCAGAGUGUCCUCCAGAAAUGUCCCAGCCUGAAAUACAGCCUGCUUCUCCACUUUCACCCCAUCCCAUAACAGACUCACCACAGAAAUCUUUGCUGUUACGUGUGCACCGUUUGCCCCAGUCCAUGGUGCAGUCAGCCAUGCAUUUGCACAAAUCUGUGACAUCGCCAUCUCAGCAUCAUCCACAGUCCAUACUGCACUCAGCUCUGAAACAAGUUUCAUCACAGCUGUGCUCUCAUGGAUGUCCAGAGUCUGGGGGGCAGCACACAAAGACAUGCAGAGCUAAGACAGAUAAAACUCUGAGCAGAGUUCUGCCAGGGCUCCCUCAGACUGUCAGAGCAGGCACAGAGUUACAGGAGGACACUCAAGAGGAGCAGCAGGAGCGACGACUGGAGCAGGCUGAAGAGGACAAGGCGGAUUCUUCUGUAAAAAAGACAGUGCUGCAAAACUGUCCGACAACUGACCCACACUCUGUCCUUCGUUCCCAGAAUCCUGCAGAGUGUACAUCUGUGAACACCCCGACGGGGUUAACUAACGGAUUUCCCCAAAAGGGCCUGUCGCAGAACACGUACAAGAUCCGUGUAGACUUCAAGGAGGACUGUGCAGUUCAGAAUGUGUGGCUAAUGGGCGGCCUCAGUGUUCUCACUUCUGUCCCAACCACGCCUCAGCCUGUCUGUCUGCUCUGCGCCAGUAAAGGGCAACAUGAGAUGAUCUUCUGUCAGAUCUGCUGUGAGCCUUUCCACAGUUUCUGCCUCUCGCCUGAGGAGCGCCCCCUCAAGGAGAACAAGGAGAACUGGUGCUGCAGACGCUGCAAGUUCUGUCACGUAUGCGGCCGUCGAAGCAAGAGCACAAAACCUGUGCUGCAGUGCAGGAGAUGCCAAACGUCCUACCACCCUUCCUGCUUGGGACCAACAUACCCUAAACCCAUGAACUGCAGCCUCCCCUGGGUGUGUAUGACAUGCAUUCGGUGUAAAAGUUGUGGCGUGACUCCCGGAAAGACCUGGGACUUGACGUGGAACCACGAGCAGGACCUCUGCCCUGACUGCACCUUGCUCCACAAGAAAGGUAAUUUCUGCACUGUUUGCCACAAGUGCUAUGAUGACAGCAGCCAGCCAUCACAGAUGAUUCAGUGUUUGCGGUGCGGCCACUGGAUUCAUUUCAGAUGUGAAGGGCUUUCAGAGGAGCUUUUUGGGCUGCUAUCAAGUCAGCCAGACAAAGCGGAUUUUCUUUGUUCACCCUGCAGUCAGCACCAAACUAGUUACAGCAGCCUGAAGGAGGAGCUGCAGAGGAUGCUGAUGGCCAGAGUGGAGGAGGUGCUCACUGACCUCCUCUCCUCCAGCAGCACUCAGCACCUUAUUACCUGUAAAGCGUGUCAGAAAUCAAACCUCACAUUUAUCAGGGAACACCAACCAGUCUGUGAUCUACAAGCAGUGGAGAGGAAGUUUAAAUGGGGCGGUUACACCUCAGUAAAAGCUUUUCAUACCGAUGUUGCUUCUGUGAUGAUGCAACAGCUGAAGGAAGAGGAAGCUAUUCUGGAGGAUCAGAGACGGACUCUUUGGGCCAAGACACACUACGUUGAAGUCAUGGAGAAGGCUUUCAGUUGGUGCAGUGUCAAAGAGUGGAACGCUUUCUCAGAAGAACUUCCGAGUGACAUGCUCCCCGAGGCAGUUCUCCCACCAUCUAAGGAGCACAGCUAUGCACAGUGGCUGGAGAGGACAUACCAGCACAAGGAAUCCAGGGGCCCACAGACAGGGAAAACUGACUCCUCAGCCACUUCACAACAAAGCUCCUCUCUGAAUUCACAUGAGUCCACCAUAACUGAGGAUGUGAGGCAGUGUGCCCUGUGCCAACAAUAUGGAGACUCUGCUCCCAAUGAAGCAGGACGGCUCUUGUACUUGGGCCAGAACGAGUGGGCCCACGUGAACUGCUGCCUUUGGUCUGCAGAGGUGUACGAGGAGAACAGUGCUCUUCUUCAGGUGCACAGUGCUGUCUCAAGGGGGCGCCACCUGCGCUGUGAUCGCUGUGGUCAGUCAGGAGCCACCGUGGGCUGUUGUCUUGCCACCUGUCAGAGUAAUUUCCACUUCAUGUGUGCACGUGCCCAGAGCUGCGUGUUCCAGCAGGACAGGAAGGUUUACUGCUCCAAACACAGGGAACUAGUGACUGCAAAGAUCGUCUCUGGUAAAGGGUUUGAAGUCCCCCGGCGGGUGUACGUGGACUUUGAUGGGAUCAAUCUCAGAAGAAAGUUCCUCACAGGUCUUGAGCCAGAAACUAUAAGCAUGACCAUAGGUUCUCUGCAGAUUCAGAAACUUGGUGUUCUGUCAGAGCUUUCCUCAAAUGGGAGGAUGCUGUAUCCUGUAGGCUAUCAGUGUUCACGGUUGUACUGGAGCACUGUGGACCCACGCAGGCGCUGUAAGUACACCUGCAAGGUGACAGAAGUGAGCACUCCUCUCCCUGGUGAGGAACGUGAUUUGAAGUGGGACCAUGAAGAGAACCACACCAUAGUCCACAGUCCCAGUUGCCACAGAGAUAUGGAGUCUCUAGGUCUUUUAAGCUCCUCAUCCACCCCAAUAAAGUCCACUACCCCAUCACCCAAUUCUAAACUGCACAACACACCUGGGUCUAAAAGCCCUGCUUACGCACAAACCAGGAGACCAGCAGGAGGAUCAUCUCGACCACUACCAUCACCAGGGGCUGCUCUACCCAAAUCACAUCACAUCCUGACACUGAGGGACCUGGAGGAAACUCGGCGGCCUCGAAGGCUCUCAUCAAGAAGCCGCUGCAGCUCCUCGCCGUCAGAAAGUGACCCGUCUGUACCGAUGACCCUCCGCUCUGGUGGUACAGUCCACUCCCGAUGUGCCCUGUUCAGCUCCCCUCAAAGAUCAUCGAAUUUCGGAUCGGUAUCGCCUCCUCUCUCACGACAGAACUCUACAUCUCCGGUCUGGAGCUCCCCUCCCAGAUCCAGCUCCAGCAUUUCUGCAGGGCUGUCACCUCGGCAAGGAGCAAUCACUCACUCCCCCAGAGGGAGGCAUAACUUUAAAAUUACCACUCCAGUCUCUGCUGAGGUUCCCCAAGACUUCUUAGCAUCAUCUGAGGCAGAAGAUGCAGCUGUAGCCACAACAAAUGGGAUCUCACUUGCCCCCGAUAACCUGGAGGAGGAAGUGGCACACCUGAUGUCUCAGGAGCUCCCUUAUACUGUGUUUGACACUGACACAGAAGUAGCAGUGGCCUCCAUGCUGAAUGCUAAGCUUGAGUUUGAUGAGGCUCUGCUCACUGAGAAUGUGUCACUUCACUGCGGGGCACAGAGUGGCAGAGAGGUGGAAAUGCAGGAAGAUAAUCAGGAGAUUGAUUCUGAAGAAGACGACUCGAGUCAUUAUUUUAAGUUUUCACGCACAGUGGUGUGUGAUCAUGCAGCGAGCGGCUCAGACGCCUCAGGUCAGCUUCCUUCAGCUCAGUCAAUCUCGCAGUUAGAUGGCGCAGACGGCGGGUCAGAGACUGAAAGCGAGGAGGCAGAUGAUGAAGCUCGGGAUGCAGAAGGAGAAAACGAGGAAGCUAAAAUUCACACCAAUCACAAUACACCAACUAAACAACUAACGGUAGCUCUGAAGAGGCUGGAAUCAAUCUACACGGUCCCGAAGUCAGCAGAUGAAGAAGAAACUGAACCAGUGUUUCAAGAAAGUCUUUCACCUUCUUCUCUCCUGGAAUCAAGUUACACAAAGAACGACCUGUUGGUUCAGGAAGAAGAGGCCCUGAUGACCUCUGAAACACCACCAUCUCAAAAUGAGGUGUUCUUGGAUUCAUCUACAGGCCAUUUUGUUUCUGCUGAUCAUGGCUCUAUAGCAUAUCCAAAUAAACCUUUAAUUGAUGAUGGGGAUGACAGCAUAUCGUCAGUUGACUCAGAAGAAGGAUUUAAAGAUGAUUUGAAUGAUCCCGAUUAUUCUCCAGAGGCUAAAACAAAAAAACCUCCCACAGCACAAAUGAAAACCAUCUUUGUGAAGACGAAGCAUUCGCCGUCGAACCCCAAGCACUUGAUGAUGAAACCGUCACUCCCCCUGACACAAACUAAACACAAACUGCCUUUACUUCCCCGACCUGAACUAAGUGCAUCCGUUUCCCCUGCUGCAGCCACUUUUCAUGCUGCACCGGGCACGCUCCCCGCCCCUGUCGUGAUCAAUGGUUUAAAUGCUUUAAAUAUCCAGCCAGGUGCUGCAUUGGGGAGAACUAUUGCCAUAAACUUGGGAAACUCAAAGCCAGAAAGUCAGCAGCAGGUGAUGACUCAGAAUCCAUCUGGGGCAGUUAGUUCAUCCCCACUGCAGUCUGCUACCCAUCAGGUUCUGCUGAUCAACCGCCAAGGUCAGAUUCUAAUCAAAGACCCAAAGUUGAACACUUACCAGCCUCUCCGUACAGAUUCACCAGCCUACAAUAAAAUAAGCCAGAUUGCCAAGAUUCUCCACAGUGGUAAUGCUUUGCAACGCUCCGGCCCUCGUGUCAUAAUAAAGCCUCGUCCCAGCCCUUCUGCCACAAACGCCUCUCCUGCCAGUAACCUCCCAACAUCCGAGAGGAAGAUCAUUGUCAAAAUGUUGCCCAUGAAAAGCAGCAGUACUGCUGCUGCUCCCAUGGAUGCUGUCAGUGUUCACAGCACUCCUGAAACUAGUUUCUCCAAUAUUGAAGAAAGCACAGCCCAGGCUAUUAUUGAUAGAGCAAUGGCUAGUCACCGCGACACACCCAAAACAAAACCCAUCAUUCUCAGCAAUACUCGACAGUCAAAGGCCAAACAUCGAAGACUGUUCCAGCAUCCCGGUGCCGAAGACUCGGAGCAGUCGUCAGCUGGUCGUUCAGAGUCUCCCAGUGGCCUCGGUAAUGAAUCAACGCCUGUUACAUCGCGCCCCCAGGUGAGAGUCAAGAGAGUGUCGUCAGUGUCUGAGAGGUCUUCCAGGAAGAAAUCUAAGAUCGACUUCCUGAAGGAUCCAUCGAGUGAGGCGGAGGACAUUGAUGAAGCCAGACCGAGCGGUGUGAGAAUGAAAGCUCCAACAAUGAAAGAUGUUCUUGAUCUGGACCGGGAGCUUGAGCCAAAGCUGAGGAUCAUUGCUCCACCACCUCCUCAUACACCCACCCGGAGUUUUCAUGAUGAGAGUCCAGCUUCUCACACAAAAAUCAACAGCUACAUUCAGGAUAUGACACACAAGUGGGUUAGCGCUCGACAUGGAGACCUCUCUGAUUGGGGCCCUUAUUCAGGUUUUAGCUCAGAAGAAGAAGCACCUCCACCUAAACCCACAGCAAGGAUAUACAUGAACCAGCCUCACCUGCGCUUUGAAAUCACCAGCGAUGAUGGCUUUAGCGUCAAGGCUAACAGCAUAGAGGGUGCUUGGCGCGCAGUGAUUGACGGCGUCCUCGAAGCUCGGGCAGGCUUCCACCUGAAGCAGUUGCCUCUGGGUGGGAUGAGCGGGCCGCGGGUGCUCGGUGUCGUCCACGACGCCGUAAUCUUCCUGCUGGAGCAGCUGCAGGGCGCCGCAUACUGCAAACACCACCGCUUCCGCUUCCACCGAUGCGAUGACAUCGAGGAGGAGCUCCCCCUCAACCCGAGCGGCUGCGCCCGAGCUGAGGUCCACACACGGAAAGCAACUUUUGAUAUGUUCAACUUCCUGGCAUCGCAGCACAGAGAGCUACCUGACAUAGUGGGUCCCUUUGAUGAAGAGGAGGAUGAAUUCCCACUCAAAUCUUCUAGGCGAGCUACCAGCACUGAGCUUCCCAUGGCAAUGAGAUUCAGGCACCUGGAAAAAAUCUCAAAAGAAGCAGUAGGAGUUUACAGAUCUCCAAUUCAUGGCCGUGGACUUUUCUGCAAAAGGAACAUCGAGGCUGGGGAGAUGGUGAUCGAGUAUGCCGGCACUGUCAUUCGCUCUGUCCUGACUGAUAAACGAGAGAAAUAUUAUGACAGCAAGGGCAUCGGCUGCUAUAUGUUCCGCAUCGACGACUUCGACGUGGUGGACGCCACGAUGCAAGGCAACGAAGCCCGUUUCAUCAACCACUCGUGCGAGCCAAACUGCUACUCGCGCGUCAUCAACGUGGAUGGCCGCAAGCACAUCGUCAUCUUCGCGCUGAGGAAGAUCUACCGGGGCGAAGAGCUCACUUAUGACUACAAAUUCCCCAUCGAGGACGAGAGCAACAAGCUCCUCUGCAACUGCGGGGCGAGACGCUGCCGCCGCUAUCUGAAUUAGCCCUGUCAGCACAAACACUAAUGUUGUGUAACAAAAAAAAAAAAAAAAAAGCCAUCUUAUCUGAUGCAGCUCAGGCGGCGAAAGAAAUCCUAAAGGCGACUGCUUUGAUGUAGCCAUACGAUGGAGGUCACUAACGCACACAGACCUGAUCCAGUGUUUGGAAGGUGAAUUUACAGACCUGUGAAGGACAGAUACCAGAAAAGAGCCAUAUGUAAAAGCUGGGGAUGAAGUACACACACACACGAUAGAUUUCUAUACUGUUUCACCGUCUCAUCCACCUUGCUCUUUCAGUUUCACAUCGCUGAUAUUGUUGUCAGCGACCUGCUGGAACUGGAGCUUAGAUGACAGCCAGGAGAUGAUUACUGCCACUUAUUAAAAGAAGGAGAAAAAAAAGUGCAAACUGAAGUAACCCAAGUUCUGCUAUCUGUCUCUGUAAAUACAAGGUCACAGAGAGCGAUGAGGAGGAGAAUUUCUUCAGCACCUUAGCGUGACACAGCCUUCUCUGGCAGCAGACAGGACUCACAUUUACCAUAGAACAAAGUCCGUGUGAACGUGGCAGUGCAGCUACAUUUUAACUCUGGAUUCCACAACUCUCGUAAGCAGGGACUUCAAUUAAGUGAAUUAUUAAAUAUUACUAUUCACUUAAUAGGUGCUGAUGACAUUUGUCCCACAAGUUAGUUUUAAUAGCAUCACGCACACCUUUGUGGUCCUCCAGUCAGCCGAAACCUGUUUUUAUUUGUACCGGCACAGAUGCUGUGAGCUGAACGCUUUUACCCACUGUUACAGUCUUUGUUUGUUCUCUUGGUGCAGUUUGUGUGUUUUAAGGCCUUUGAGGGAGAGUUUCCUUGGUGCAGCGUUCAAAAGGAAAAGAGCGAUCUUUAUCCAGCACAACCCCUUAUAAAUCUUAUUGUAUAUUUGAACAAUAAUUGUAUGUUCAGCAAACUAAUGGAAGUAAAUGUGUUUUGAGGUUUUAGCCUUCUGUUUGCGGGCUGAGCAACAGCUGAAGCUUAUUCCUUGAGUUGAUGUCCGACUUGUUAAUUAUUAUUUUGCGCCCGCUUCCUCCUGUUGUUGUUUUUUUUUGUUUUUUCCCCGGUCUCCCUCGGGUGUACUACCUCAAAGAAUGAAGCGAGAUUUAAUUUAAUUUACACAUCUGGUGAAAAAAAUGCUUCCUUAAGCUUUCUAAUUACAUUAUGAUAGUAAGAAGUAAUAUCACUGCUAUUAAACACUUAGAGGAAUAGGUGGUCACCUUUUUUGUGCUUUUUUUUUUUUCCCUCUUCUUCUUUCUUAAAGAAACUCCAUUGUGCAACCCUUGCCCUGCCACUGGAUGUAGACAAGGAUCUGGGACUUUAGGCUGACUGCUGUGGACUUUUGUAGGAUUCAUAAUCGAAUUUGACACAAAUCUUUGUUACUGUAUCAGCUCAUGAUGGAUCCUUUCCUGUACAUAUUUGUGUAAAGAAUUUCUAAGCCUGUUAAAUAUUUUUUUACCUCCAAUUUUUUUUUUUAUUUAUGUUCAAUAAAAUUUUGUUCAGAGUU